CUUCUCUGCCGAGUAUUGCCGUCACCAUGGCACGCGUUGCACUAAUAACUGGAGGAACAAGCGGAAUUGGAUUCGCUGUCGCCAAAGAGCUCAGCACCUCCGACUGGCAGGUGAAUAUCAUCGGCACCAACUCAACCCGUGGCCACGAAGCAGCAGCACUCCUCCCCAACACAACCUUCUUGCAAGCCGAUGUGCGCAACUACCAACAGCUAGCAGCUGCAUUCAACACCAUCUUCGAAACAGCCCACCGGCUAGACUUUGUCUUUGCGAACGCAGGGAUUCCAGAGGAAGCACUCGGCUUCUUCGCCGAGCAUGACACAGACGCAGCCACGACCAUCCCACCCGAACCAUCUCUAACCCCAGUGAAUGUCAACUUCGAUGGAGCCUUGUAUACUUCCUACCUGGCCAUGCACUACUUCCGACGCUCACCAUCCCACACCAAGGGAAGCCGCGACCUUAUCAUCACAGCCAGCAUCGGCGGCUUAUAUCCCUGCAUGCUGACGCCGCUGUACUCUGCAUCGAAACACGCACUGGUCGGGUUCACCCGCGCCAUUGGGAAGAAACUCUUUGCUGAGGGUGUGCGUGUUAACACCAUCUGUCCUGGCGUGGUUAAAACGCCUCUUAUCACUGAAAACCCCGACCUUAUGGAGCAUUUUCCCGGUGAGACGCUGGUUCCUAUUGAAAUGGUGACGGAUGUUGUCUUGCAGUUGAUAUCCGGAGAUGCAGUGCAGGAUUCGCAGGGUAGAUGGGUGGAGGGGAGUGAAAUGCACUCGCGUGCCGUGCAUAUCACAGGCCAGGGGCAUUAUUUUGCUGACAUGCCUGCUAUCCCUGAUUCUGCGUCUCUGGAUACGUGGAAUAGGAUGAUGGGGGGUUAAGACUGGUACUUCAAUGAAACUGUAAUUCUUACCCAGCCGAAGUACAGAAUGUGGG